AUGUUGAUUUUUUCAAUCUUAAUUUUAAUUGAAUUUACAUAAACAAUUCAUAACUUUUAUCAAAAUGACAAUAUCUUCUAUAAUUAGUAGAUUCAAUAUAUAUCUUCUUUGUUUUGCUGUAUCUUUAACUUUUUGGGGAACAGUUAAUUUAUUAAAAGAAAUGGAAUUCUACCCAAUAUAUGUAAUCUUAAAUUUUAUUUGCAAUAAUUUCAAAGACUUGGAAAAUAAAAAAGGUUAAUGAUCAUAUAAGCAGCACUUUAAAUUCUAAUUACACCUGUUCGAUUAGGAUUCUAAGCUCAAUAUAUAAGAAAUUAUUAAAAUUAAUAAGAAAAUAAACUCAGAAAUUGUUAAUAAUUAAUGAAUAAUUUAUCAGAAUCUUUUUAUUUUAACAUUCUUGUGCUUCUAAUUACAUAAAAGAUAUAAACAUCAAAAUGUCUAGAUGGAAAUCAGGAAUCUACAAUAUCUUCAACUUAAUGCGAUAAUUAUAAAAUAGUAUAGAGAUGGGAAGUAGAAUCUUCAGCAGAUCAUCCAUUUGGAUGUUUGAAUUUAAUUUUUUGUGAAACAGUAAGUAAUAUUUUAACAAAAGAUUUGUUAAUUUUAAUAAUUUUCUCAUUGUCAACUCCAUUAUUUUUAUUUUCUUUUAAUUUAUUUGAAUUUAAUUUUUCAACAAUAACAAUAUCAGAUAAAACUUUAAGUAGAAAUAUAGAAAACUGUUUCUAUUGUGAUUUAUUGGUAUUAUUUGAGUAUGAAACUAUUAAAUUUUUAAAUUGUGUUGUUCGCAAAGAAAAUAAAUUUGCUUUAUGA